AGUCAAGCUUGGAACCAUGCGUGUUGCAGUAUUACUUCUUGCGGUGGUGGUGGCCGUUUCGGCCUUACCCCGGUCCCAACCCCCAAGUCAAAGGAUUGUGGGAGGCUCUCUCACCACUAUCGAAAACUACCCGUACCACGCUGCUCUGCUGACAUCUUGGGACUUGAGCUGGUUCAGCCAGAGCUGUGCAGGCACCAUCCUGAACAACAGAUCUAUUCUGACCGCGGCUCACUGCUACUGGUAUUUCACCGCCGCCAACCGCUUCCGCGUCCGCGUCGGUUCCACCUUCGCGAAUAGCGGUGGCGUCGUCCACACUGUGUCCCAGAACAUCAUCCACCCCAGCUUCAACCGUAACACCCUGGACAACGACAUCGCCGUCGUCCGAUUGGCAACCACCAUCACCUUCAACAACCAGGCCCGCGCGGGAUCCAUCGCUGGCGCCAACUACAAUGUUGCUGAUAACCAGCCUGUUUGGGCUGCAGGAUGGGGAGCUACGUCGUUCCAAGGCCCCGCCUCCGAACAACUCCGUCACGUCCAAAUCUGGACUGUGAACCAGGCCCUCUGCGUAGCCCGUUACGCCGAGAUCCGUCAGGUGGUCACCGACAACAUGCUGUGCUCUGGUUGGAUCGACGUCGGCGGCCGCGACCAGUGCCAGGGUGAUUCUGGCGGCCCCCUUGUCCACAAUGGCGUCGUCAUCGGUGUCUGCUCGUGGGGAGAGGCGUGCGCCCUCGCCAGGUAUCCUGGUGUUAACGCUAGGGUGUCCAGGUACACUGCCUGGAUCACGGCUAAUGCUUAA